CAUUAUCUCCACCAUUUUGGCGAAAACAAUUAACUCACAAUUAUUGCAUCACCAAGCCAAAAUUCUUCCAUCUUCUCCACCUGAAAACUCGGAAAAGCAUUUCGUGGAACAAGCAACUCUUUUCGUCCGCUUUUCCGGCAUGGCCUUCACUCAAUGGGGCGUCGUUUUACUCCUCAUAAUCGUCUCCGUUGAGCCCACUUCAUCUUCCCCAUCAAUAAUCCAAAUCACGCCGGAAACGGGGACCCUUUUGGCCAACGAUGGAGUGUCCGGGAGCCGGAGAAGCUUGGACUUGUACUGCGAGAGCUGGAGAUUCACGGUGGAGACGAAUGAUGCCGGCAUCUGGACCCGGAUUCCGAGGAGGUGUGUGGAUUUCGUGAAGGACUACAUCACCGGCGAAAGGUACCGGUCGGAGUCGGAGGCAGUUGCGGACAACGCGCUGGAGCACGCCAAAGCGGUGGGAGUUUCAGGCAAUGGAAAGGACGCGUGGGUCUUUGACAUUGAUGAGACAUUGCUCUCGAACGUUCCGUACUACGCCGCCCAUGGAUUCGGAUCGGAGAUAUUUGAUGAACCUUCUUUCGAUAACUGGGUGAACGUGGCUGAGGCUCCUGCUUUAUUGGCAAGUUUGAGAUUGUACAAGAACCUUCAGGAGUGUGGAUUUACAAUAUUUUUGUUGACUGGUCGGAGUGAAUUCCAGAGGAACGCUACUGUACGCAAUCUGCAGUAUGCUGGAUACAGCAACUGGGAAAGGCUUAUCUUGAGAGGUGACGCUGAUCAAGGGAAGCCAGCCUCCAUCUACAAAUCCGAGAAGAGAAAGGAAAUAGAAGAUGAUGGUUACAUAAUUCGUGGGAACUCUGGCGAUCAGUGGAGUGACUUGAUGGGAUUUGCAGUCGCCCAACGAUCUUUCAAACUACCCAACCCCUUGUAUUACAUUGCUUAGUUGGAGAAAAGAGUUGCAGUUUCUUGAUUGGCAAUUCUGAUUUGUUUGCUCAGUGUGUGCUAACAGCAUGAGCCACUGAUUAUGCAAAAUAUUUCCAGAUUUUAUUUUGUUUUCCUCAACAUUCGUGGCAUUUUCUUGACUUGACCCAGGAUUGUAAUUACAAGUCAGGAAAGGUCACAAAUUUAGCAGCUCUACUCUCAUCUGCAUAUGAAGUAACAAUUGUGGACAGAUUUGCUACCAUAUCAUCAAAUUUGACUGUGAUUAUAGA